AUGGGGGAUGAAGAGAACUGGGGUCACAGAACAAGGCUCAUGACUCGUCACGCAUCCGCUAUCAGCGCCUGCACCUGGCUAGCUGCCAUCGUCUGCUUCGUCUUUUGCUGGUCCUUCAGCAACGCGAGCACGCACAUGGAGAACGCUGAGAGAAAAUCAUGGGCGGACGACGUGGAGAACAUGCAGAACGACCUCUACGUCAGCAAGCUGGUUAAUCGGCUGCGCGCGCUCAACGACGCCGAGGAGAUCGGCCUGGCCCACAAGCGCGGGCUGGACUUCGGCCUGGGCCGCGGCUUCUCGGCCGCGCAGGCAGCCAAGCACAAGAUGGGGCUCCUGGUCUGUCGCUUCUCCGCCAUCGGCUGA